UGUUGCUAUGUUCCCACAUUCAUGGGUGUGGUGAUUAGCCUGCUUGGUGAAAAUUUUAGUCAAAUCCGACACGAGUCGCGCCCGCUUCUGAACAUUUAAACCGAUUAAAACGGUCUUAAAAUUAGCACGGCUCCCUUUGCGAUUCCCUCACAGCUGUGGCCAUGGUUGUCGUGUGAAAACGGAUCGGUGUGACUCGGACUAAAGGACGAACGGAGCCCAAAACCGCCUGUUUUCAGGUGUCAGCUGGUAAGGUGUGCGUGUACGCGUGUGUGUAUGUGCGUGUGAGUUUGCAUGCGUGUGUGAGCGCGCACGUGCAGGCACGUGUGUUUUCCCAGCGUAGUCAGUGUUUGGAGCGGAGCGUGGCCCAUCAGCGAAACAAUGAGCGAGCUGGAACAGUUGCGGCAGGAAGCUGAGCAACUACGCAAUCAGAUCCGGGAUGCCAGAAAAGCCUGCAGUGACUCCACUCUGUCACAGAUCACAGCUGGUCUGGACUCGGUGGGCCGGAUACAGAUGCGGACGCGACGCACUCUCAGGGGCCACCUGGCCAAGAUCUAUGCAAUGCACUGGGGGAGUGACUCCAGUGACGACAGUCCCAGGUUACUUGUCAGUGCAUCACAAGAUGGGAAGCUAAUCAUCUGGGACAGCUACACAACAAAUAAGAUGCACGCCAUCCCUCUGCGCUCUUCCUGGGUGAUGACAUGCGCCUACGCCCCUUCUGGAAACUACGUGGCCUGUGGAGGUUUGGACAACAUCUGCUCCAUAUACAGCCUGAAGACCCGCGAAGGCAACGUGCGUGUCACCAGAGAGCUACCUGGACACACAGGUUAUUUGUCCUGCUGCCGUUUCUUGGAUGAUAACCAGAUACUCACCAGCUCUGGAGACACCACCUGUGCAUUGUGGGACAUAGAGACGGGCCAGCAAACUACAACCUUCUCUGGCCACACAGGCGAUGUGAUGAGCUUGUCUUUGAGCCCGGACUACAAGACCUUUGUGUCGGGAGCCUGUGAUGCCACUUCCAAGCUGUGGGACAUCCGCGACGGCAUGUGCAGGCAGUCGUUCACCGGCCACGUGUCUGACAUCAACGCCGUCAGCUUUUUCCCCAAUGGGAAUGCCUUUGGCACGGGCUCAGAUGACGCCACCUGCAGGCUGUUUGAUCUGCGUGCAGACCAGGAACUGAUGACGUACAGCCACGACAACAUUAUCUGCGGCAUCACCUCCGUGGCGUUCUCUAAGAGUGGCCGCCUGCUCCUGGCCGGCUAUGAUGACUUCAACUGCAACGUCUGGGACACGCUGAAGGGCGAGCGUGCAGGUGUGUUAGCGGGCCACGACAACAGAGUGAGCUGCUUAGGAGUGACGGGCGAUGGCAUGGCUGUGGCCACCGGCUCCUGGGACAGUUUCCUCCGGAUCUGGAAUUAAACGAGGCCGUCGUACUCAAAAACUGCCCCCUCCCCCCUCCACAACCCCACCCGGCAUAUCCCAACUCAUCACUGAGCGGGUGCACACACUGUGUCAGCUGACUCUCCUUAACUCAGCCCCCAGUUAUCAUCUCUGCUGGUGACCUGUGCUGCUUCUUACCAGAUGUUUAGUUUUGUUCACCGAGCUGUUGCACAGCAGCAGAAAUCAGAGUGUCCAGUAAAAAUGUUACAGAAAAGAAGAUUUGGUCCUCACACAAAUAAUUUUCCAAAGGUAUGUAUUACCAUGACUAACAACAAGAUUAGCAUCAGUGUCUAACAUGUACAUUUAUAUAUAAAGACAGUAUAUACAUAUAUAUAUGUAUAGCAUUGUGUGUGUAUAUAUGCAUCAUAUAUGCAUAUAUAAUGUGUAUGUAUAUAUUUUUGUAGAUUAUUUCCAGCCCUGAGUUUAGUUUUUUUUUUAUAAAUAUCAUUUUUAAUAUUGUGAUUUAUUUUGAAUGGACAUACUCUUGUAAUGCAACAAGAUGCCAAAUCAUGUGGGAGUUUAAAUGGAUACAAAGCAGCGUAACGUUUCCAAAUUUUCCCGUUGAUUUAGUGACGCCAAUUCAUCGUGCAGGAAAACAGGAUCUGACACCUAAACCAAAAAAUCAAACUCACCUUCUUCCCCUGUAUCUCUGUGUUAUGGUGACAGGCAGGUGGCAUCAUUACUGCACCCUGUACCUGUAAAUGUUGCAUUCAUGUGAAUGAUGGCUGUGAUUGCUUUCUUUUUUAAAAAAGAACAAAAAAGAACAAAAAACCCAAAUCCCAGCGUUCCCGCCAGUCUUUUAUUUUGGAAGGAAAUGAUUGGAGCGCUGUGGUUGUGAUCCAGCUUUAACCCCAAAGUAGAAACUGGUGAAUUGUAGGCUCAGAUAGAAAACUUUAUUUUAUCCGAGGCCCUGCUUGGCUUCUACUCCAGUGGACUGUGGAUGCUCAGAGGACCGCUUCGGUUGCAAUGAUAGGAUUGGAAGAGGUCAUUGCAUCUCUGUUUCGUACGGCCUACACUUUUUGAAUGAUGCUGGUGUAGAAAAGGGCGCUGCAAGUGGACACCUUAUCCCCGAGCGGCCCUGUGACGGCAUCUUUAAAGGAGGAGCUUCAUGUCAGGAAGGCCAAGGACAUUAGUGACUCCGUCAGAAGGAGGGAUGACUGCCACAGCUCACCGUGACGUUUUUUUUUCUUAAUGAAGGAUGGGUCGUUUGUGUCAUUAACAAGGUGUGGAUUGUGUGACUGGAAUCAUGACAGCCACUCCCAAAGUCACAGCAGUGACACCGCAGGUCUGUAAAAAGAAGAAAAAACAAAACUACGCAUUUUUUAAGGGUUUAACACUUUCACUGUUUUCCUCAACAGAAACAUUAUGAACUGUUAAAUAUGGAGAGUGAGGAAAGUACACUUUAGACUGAAAUGUACACUUAGUAGAGAGCUAGAAAAGCACUCAUGAACUGUAGUACAAAUGUUAAACCGUCGAGCACAUGUGACUUAUUUACACAUAGACGUGGUAUUUCUGAUUUAAGUAUUUUCUUAUCGUGCAUCUUCCAUUAUUCUCGGCUCCUUAAAAGGCUUUAAACACACACACAUAGACACACUCACACAUGUGACGUGUGUGAGUUGGACCUAUCCAUCAGCGUUCUCAGGUGCCUAUUUAUAGAUGUAAACAUUGAGCCACACGGGCUGAAUAACGAGGGUUGGUGCACCUGUGGAUGUGGAACUAUCGUGUCUCCAUUCUGCCUUACGAUAUCAUUCAUAAUAGGAGGUUAAUACUAGCUUCAGCUACCGUAAUGUUUUUCUCUCACGCUUCCUGCUUAGGCACUGAUCAAUAAGAAACUUUUCCUCGUAGAACACUACAAAAACAAAGCAUGCCUGCUAAAAACCCACCGCAACACCACAGACGGCUUAAAACGAGUGCUCGGCAGCAUCUUUUAUACAACUCUGCUUUCUAAUAUUACUACUGCAGUACAGUUUGUAGUAUGUGUGAGAUGCCUGUUUGCCCCCGUGUCAGUCUACUGACCCGUCUGCUGCUUCGUCACAGCUUUGCAUUGAGCGAAUGUUAAAGGGCAGUUAUAGUUUUUGAUCCUGAGAAUAUCUUUGUGAGGUGUGUGUGUGUGUGUGGGGGGGGGGGGGGGUAGUAAUCUCAUGAAGUAUGUGGAUAACGUGGAUCCAAGUGUUAGACUAGGUCCAAUGUUACCCACAGACCUUGAGCUGUGAACUGAAAACUACACAUUAGCUCACAGUACUCGAGCAGCAGCCUCCUCCUCCUCCUCUUCCAUCAAAUCCAUCAAAUCAAAAGUCACCUCAGCGUCUGAUUUUAAAUCCAGUCUGGGGUUUGAUGCUCAAACAGGGCGGCUGCUUACAUCUGACGGUGAUGAUGAGGAGAGGACGAUGAGUUUUAUAUCCCAGAGUGCUGACAGAGCUCAUCUUUCUAUUCAGGUCAGUGGACAUCAGGUGUUCACGGGUCCUCAGAGAUUGAAUGACAGCUUGAAUUUAAAGAAGCAGUACGAAAUUUUGGGAAAUGUGCUUUCUUGCAGUUGUAUCAGAAUAUUAAUGAAUAUUAAAGUUAAUUAAAAUGUCACUGGAUGGGGGCACUGUUGCAUCAAUACAAACUGUAAUAUUCAGACUGUCACAGAAACCAGACAACAUAAUACAUGAAUGGGUUUGUUUUUCCAAUUUAUUGCUUAAAAAUGUAUUGAGACAUUUUUUUAUAUCUUUCACUGGGAAAAAUUCACAGUAACGAUGUGGAAGUCUCAAAAACUCAGAAAACUACACGUAUCAGACGUGAUACAUCAGGGUUAAACAGCCACAAAUUCAUCACCAGGAACAUCCAAAGUCUCCAUCCUGGUGUUUGUGAUACGAGUGAGACCUUCAAACUGCACGAUCGUGGGUUAAUUACUUGACACUCAUGUCGUUAGCAUAAUGUGACCAAAAUGUACAAAUUAGACUUUAUUUAUUAAUCUCGUGUGACUCUGAGUAGCUGAGUCUGUAAACUCAUCAGGAAGGUGAUGGUAGAGGUCCACCUCUGUAGGCACUGUCUGUGAUGCCUGACAGUAACUACAGUAGAUGCUGCGUGUUUGUGUUCAGCUUCUUAACGGCCUUUGUCACAAUUAAAAAUGUGCUUCUCUUAAUGAGGAAAAACACUUUUCUCAACAUUUUUCCUAUAAAAACAGAAACAAAUUCAAGGUUAAAUGGACUCGUAUUUAUACUACCUGAGCUGCAUUCAGCCAUAGCGCUUUAUACUAGGAUCCACACAAUGAAGAAUAAGAAUGAAAGGCAGGGUGUCCUAAAGAUUCAAACGAUGACUGUACAGAAAUAUGCAGCCUCUAAAUAUUGUUGUGAGAUUUUGCCUUCCUUUCGGCGCUUUUAAAGAAUAAAUAGGAUCCAUCUCUGUCGUCUUGGCAUCCGAAUCCCCGUGCCAGGAAGAGAGUAAACACCUUUCCCACAAUGUUGAACUGUUCCUUUAGUUUUUUCACUUUCAUUUGCCAACAUUAGCUGUGAAAAAAAUACACCUUAGCCCUUAACAGCUUAAGAAGAAAGGAGCGUGUCUCUGUGUGUGUGUGUGUGUGUGUGUGUGUGUGGGGGGGGGGGGGGGGUGUUGUCUGCAUUACUGACAGUGACUUUCAGCAGACAACCAUCGUGUCGCUCUGUAAUUCAGCACUAUUAGCAGCUGGAACCCGGGAACAGUAAUCCUUUUAUGUGCCUGUGCCGUUCGCUCAUGCAAGUAGAGCAGGAAACUCUCCAGUCAAAAAAAACAAAUACAGGUGCUUGACUUCAUCUAACUGUUGUAUUUACCUGAAGUCUUUUCCAGUUCAUCCCCUCAGCCCUACAUGAUGUCUUUAUUUGAUACUUGUAGAGUCCAAAAGUACCAAAAACUCCAGUAUGUUCAUUAUUGAAGUGGACUUGACUGCACGCUGUCGUUUUUCAGCAGCUUUGGCGCGUGCGGUGCAGAUGUUGAACCCCAGUGCAGGCGUGUAAAUGUCACUGCUGCACACAUUCGCAGUAUUUUUGACAAAGGCCGUGCAAGUUCAUCAGAAAAUGAAAAAGUUGUUUCUGAAAGUCGCUCAUAGGAGGGAAAAGUAUUCCCCAUUAGCAUUACAGGACCACCGCCGCCACCGCACGAUCACAAGAAAACGCACUGCCCUUCGAAUCUACUUUGACUUACUGUUCUGAAACUUCCUUCGUUUGAUUUUUAUUUAUUGUUUUUAUGUUUUAAGCCAGUAAAGACCAGGGACUUGGUGCCAUGAUAAUUCUCUUACAGUGCUAUUGUGUGAAAUUAUAAUCACUUGUUAUGGAAUAAUUUUUAUAGUCUUUUUUCACACCAGACCUUUUUUUUGUAUUUGUACAGUGGCUUGGUGAUACUGAUACGUUGCCAUGAAUUAUUGUAACCAAUAAAAAGCUUUUAACCAAGAAAA